AUGGCGACCGGUGGCAAGUUAGAAGACACUAUGAACCCUCAUCCUGCUGGCUGGGUGGGAAAGCCAGGAGAUGUUGGUGUUGUUGAAAUUCAGAAUAUAAUGAUCAUUACCUCCUGCUUCUAUUCUUUACCUCUUGCUUACCCUAUCUGCCUGGAUUCUCCCUAUGGGCCUUCCACGCUCGGGAUCCAGGAUAUUCUUAAGGAAUCUUAUUUCCGGGUCUGCGGUGCGCUAGGGUUUAAUCUACAGGCCAAGGACUGCCCUAAACAGGCGUCGACACCAAAUAAGAAAUGCAUUGCUGCCUCGCUUCUCCUGCACAUCACUGAGUCGGCAUCUGCCUACAUGGAGAAUGUCUGGGCUUGGAUAGCCGACCAUGACCUAGACGCUCUCUCUCAGGAUCAAGUAGAUAUAUACUCUGCUCGUAGCAUCCUUAUUGAAAGCAAGGGUCCGAUCUGGCUUUAUGGAGCCUCCUCUGAGAUAACUUUACUACCAGUAUCAGCUCCCCAAGGCCGAGAGCGUGGUUAUGAGUAUGAUCCAGACUGA